AUGGCUCUCCUCUUGGCUCCGUACACCCAUGCCAUGCGACUUGGCCAAGGGUUCAACUCAUAUACUCAACAGAUAUGUGUUGAUGAUGCCGUUGUCGUUGACGAUCAACGACCCGAGAAUGUGGUGACCAACGAUGGAACGACUAUGCGAAUCAUGGCACAGAAGAGUGCCGCUCCCAGUGCCUGGACUAGACAGAAAGAGGUCAUCACGAGCAGUCCUGCCACCAUCGUACUCGAAGAAAAUGCAAAAAAGGCAAAGGCCGAGGUUGCAAUGAUUGCGGACGCCCUUGCAGACAUUGACGAAGCUGCGGACACCGUGCCAAAGGCGAAAACCGAGCCAAUUAAUGCGCCCACAGCCGAUCCCGAAACGUCAGCUGAAGCCGAGUCCGAGACUGCUGCAGAUGCAAAGCUCGAAUCACCUGCUGAAGAGUCGACUGCUGAAGACCCAGGCUCGGCAGACGACCUUCCUGACGCUGAGGAGGCUCGUGGAGCGUCAAAGACCCAAGCCGAAAACAUUCCCGCCGUUGACACCCCCCAGUCCGGCGAGGACAAACCCCAGAAACCUCAGAAGAGUGUAGCAAAACCUGGAGUUAAAAAGAUGGCUUCCGAGGCACCGAAGAGAACCGCUUCAGCGCAGAGCAAGUUGAGCUCCCUUAAGGCACUCACAACAAAGCCCACACAACCUAAAGGUGAUGAUGGCGCAGUCGAUGAGGAGUCUAUUGUCCAAAAUUUCCAAGCAAACGCAACGGCUGAUGACAAGGUCGACCGGGACGCGAUUGCCGAAAAUCUCCGCGCAAAUGCUCAGAAUCCUGCAGCAAAGCAGCAGCAGAAGAAAGCUGCCAAGCGAAGCUUAUCGUCAGAUCGAGGACAAGAGCGGCAGGCUAAAGCCUCAGGUGUCCCUCUUGACCGCGCGGCGAUUCGAUCAGCUCUGACAGGAAAACCGGCCCCAAAUUCAGAAAAGGCGGCCAAGGAAGAAGCCGAACAAGCGCGCCUCAUGAAGGAGGAAGCCGAGAGCUUGGCUGAGCAGCGAAGGCAUCAGAGGCAGAUCCAGGAACAGGAACGUCUCGAUGAAGCCGAGCGCCGCAAGGAAGAGCGGGAAGAGGCGCGACUCGUCCGUAGCGAGAAACGAGACUGGGACCGAAAGAGACGCGAGGAGGCACGCAAGGCAAUUGAAAAUGCUGCCGACUUGAAGUCGACUAGUUUGGCCGAUCUCGAGAAGAUCAGAGCCCAAAACCAGUUCGUCGAACGUUUCAAUGGCAUGUCUGAGCAGACUCAAAAGUAUGACUUCGACCCGACGGCGCCCAGGGGACCCAGCCAGACGGUCACUUAUACAUCUCGCUUUGUCGAUCGUCUCAGUGAUGUGAUGGAUGACAUGAGCGUGUCUGGCUCGCUGUCUAUCAAGGCAGGCAAGGUUGGCGGUUCCGGCAAAGGAUCCUUUGUCGAUUCGGACAAGUUCAAGGAGAGCGAUCUGAACUUCUACAUCUCCGUCAAGGUGGUCAACCAGACCAUCAACUUCAAGGAUGCGCUUGUCUUCAAUCCCUUGCGCUCCGUCGACAUAAGUGACAUGAACAAAUUUCGGGAAGUGUAUGGCGACUCGUUCGUCUCGGGCUUCGUCGAGGGUGGCGAGUUCAAUGCCAUUGUGAGCAUGAAGAUCCUCAACAAGGCGAAGAAAACAGACAUCCAAGCCGAAGCAAAGAUCGCCCUAACCGCAGGGGCUGUUCAGAUCGAGGCGGAAGCCAAUGUCGGCAUCGCUCGCAGCAACAUCGAGACAAACACCGAGACCACCAUCCAGGUUUUCUGGUCUGGUGGCGGCCAUAUCAAGCCCAUGGAGCAGCAAUGGGAUAUCCAGAGUCUAAUGGCUGCUGCGGCACGAUUUCCAGAUCUUGUCGCCGACUGCCCCCAGCGAACAUACGCAAUUCUGACCAAGUACGACGCUUUGAGAAGCUUCGUGGCCAGAAAGCCAGCCUCCUACAGUCCACUUCAGUAUGAGAAUGCGCAGAUGUACACUAGCACUCUCCUCGACUCAUUUGUCUCGUACAAGGCCCUUUACAAACGGCUCGGUGAACAGAUAUUUGGCGUUCAGAACAAGACAUUGGAAGUGGUACAGUGGAACAGCUCCGAGCAGACGCAAGUCGCCACGACAUCUACAGCAGUAACCCCGAUGGGCACUAAAGACAAGGAUACAGGGCUUUAUCCAUACGUGGAGAUGGACAAGAAGUUCGAGGCGUCCGUCAAAGGUCUCAGCGAUGCUCGUACUGCCAUCCGUCGGCAGAUGGCCCGGAUAGUCAACGAGGUCGACGCCAUCGAACGGGAUCCGAAGCUUGCCACGGAUGAGGAUCACCCGGAACCCUAUCAGCCUCCAGUAGCGUUUGAGGCGCGCGUUCCCACGGUUGAGGUCCCGGAGAGGCUGCGGGUCAAGAACAACCCUCUGUCCGGUAGAAGAAUUGCAGCCAAGCAGUUGACGGAGGAUGAGCAGAAAAAGCAGCUCGCGGAGGAAGAAAAACAGGCUGCGGGCAUCAAGGAAGUCUACAGCGCCGACGACAAGCUCGAGGCGGAUGAGAAGGCUUCAUUCGACAGCCUCCAUGGAAUAAAUCCCUGCCUCGGCAUCGAUUUCCAAGUCUCUAGCGCCGUGGGAGAGGCCUCGAAGGGAGAGCUAUUCAACAAUCUCGAGUUCUUAAAACCCGAAUGGCACAUCCGAUCGAUUCGCACCGAGAUGUCUGACGGUGCGCUUGCCUAUCUGGCCAUUUCCUACAGCAACGGUCUGCUCGUAGAAAGGGGUGUGUCUCGUGAUAAGACCAGGAUCAAGAAGUUCGGGCCCUUCCUCCGUGGUGAGCGAAUCAAUUCGGUCUCCAUCGAGCACGGGAAGCAGAAAGCACCCGAGCCGGUAGAAGAGGGUGACAAAAAGAAGAUGGCACCAAUGAUGCCGACUCAGAUUCUUGGUCUCCGCCUCUUUACCAACCGCGGCCGAGCUCUCAUCGCACGAGCGCUCAAGUCGACAUCAGGGGAGAAUGGAGUCGUCGUCAAAGACGGCGUCAGUUACGAAAGCGUCAACGUCCUCUACAUAGACGUGCCUUUCCCCCUGGGAACACUGAAGGGUUUCUUUGGAAGAAGCGAUGAUAACGGCGAGGGCAAGAUCUUCCGCCUGGGUGUCAUCUGGGGCAGUUUGCCCGAGGCGAUUGGAGAUGAAGUGGAACAAGAGUUCCUCGAUAUCAGUGACACGGUCGAUGCCGAGGACCUUGCUCUGAUGUCUACAUCCAACAAGAAGAGCCUGCAAGAGAUUCAGCAGAAGCUCGCUGAUGCUCAAAAGAAUCUCGAAGAAAAAGAGAGGCAGCUCACCGAACUGGAGAAGCUGGUCGUGCCUAAGGAAAGAGCACAAUGUGGAAGCUUCCAAGCUCGUGACAGAGGAUGGGCAGGCGGCGAUUCAUACACGCGUAUCACAGAAGUAUUUUCGCAGAAAUACGCCAACCCGCCGAGACUCCUGUUCGGCCUGAGCACCAUGGACGCCGAAGCCAACAGGAACCGCUGCAUGGGAGUGGAAUUCCCAAUGAUACAGAACGACAGCUUCAGUGUCCAAACCACAGCGUUCAACGGCACUUACGGGUACGCUGUCGGAUGCAACUGGAUGACGCUUCCUAAUGACCUUCACCUCGAGACCGGCAUGAUUGACACCUGGAACACAAAGGAAGGUAACAGCGAGAAGAUCCGCCGAGAGGUCUUCUUCAGCCAAGCCUUCAAGUCACCACCUAUCGUCUGUGUCUGGAUCCAACUAUUCGAGUGGACCGGCGACAACUUCAUGUCCAUCAAGUGCAGCGCGACGGACGUCACCGCUAAUUCUUUCGCAUGCCAGGUCGAAUCCUGGGCUGGCAGACGAAUCGGUAACAUCAGAGUCCAGUACUUGGCAUACCCAUCAGAGGAGAACGGAAAGCGCGUCAAGUCCGGUACCACGACCGUCACCCGUGCCCAGGGCAAAGUGGACCUCGAUUUCCCUUUCUAUGGCGAGCCUUUCAAGACCGAGCCGGCGUCGUUUAUUGCCAUCUGCGAAACCGACUUCAACCGUCUUCGGAACACGCGAUUCACUACCAGUGCGGUCGCGACCAAGAACGGCCUGAAAUGGAGCGCUGGUACCUGGGCUGAUACUGACAUGGACCAUGCCUCCGUCCAGUGGAUCGCGAUUGAAUAA